UCCACCCCUUUUUCGGAAGGAGUGCGGGACGUCAAGGCAGAGAAACCGCGGCGGGUAUAAAAGCGCCGAAGUCGCCAACUUGUCGACACCGUCAGACGUGCUGCCAGCCUGCGCACCGCGCCGUGCGUUUUAAAGGCGCGAAGCGAAGCGAAACCCGAGCGCUCGUUCAAGCGGAAGUCGAAGCCAAAGUUUUCUUUUCGUCUCGGAGGAAGAGUGGCAUCUUUACUUCUUCAUCCAUCGCCGCUCUUCCUUUUCCUCAUCGCAUUCGGAGGUUGUGGUUUCGAAAGAAGCUUCAGGAAUGCUGAUGUUUCUCCUACUAGGCCUUCUACUAGCGAGAGCCUACAGCGAAGAUGGCAAAGGGGAAGAGACGCUUGAAACAGAAGGUCACAGCUUCGGCAGCCUUGGCCAGGCUACGACGUUCAGACAAGCCGGAAACUACCUGCAGGCAGCUCCAACGUAUGGGCAUUCGACGUAUGGGCAGUCAGCAGGACUAGACCGUCCGCAGCCAUUCGACUUCGGCUACAACGUUCAGGACGAGUUCGGCAACAACCAGUUCCGCCAAGAGAAAGGUGACGAGUCCGGUUCGGUGCAAGGCGCCUACGGUUACACGGACGCGUACGGCGUCUACCGCAAGGUGCAUUACGUGGCCGACCAGAACGGUUUCCGCGCUGACAUCAAGACCAACGAGCCGGGCGUCAAGCAGGAGAACCCGGCUGACGUGCAGCUUGUCGUCGAACCCCCGCCGCAGGGUGUGCUUCAGCAGGCACUGACGGGCUCAAGGUCCGCUGGCUUCGCCAAGCUCCCCGCUGCGGCGCCCGCCCAGCCGAGAUUCCCGGCGGGCCUGCAUGCCUGAGAGAAGGCGGGCUCCUGAUACGCUCAGGGCCCCGCGGAAGCUGCCUCCACGCGUUAUGGAGCAGAGGCAUCCGGUGAGGUGUGGCUGCUUGCCUCACUGGAUGGGAGGUCGAUCCAUAUGUACAACCAUAAGUGAGCCAGGGGUUGAACUUAAGUUGAAAACUUCGUGUUGUGGUUUCUGCACCGCUCACUUAAAACCGGGGACAACCGACAAGGGAGUGCACAGGAUGAGCGCUGUCUCGCAACUAUGCCAUCUGGAGGGCUUGCAGCUCGAACUUUAAAGACACGUCAUCUUCGUAGUGAUUAGAUAGCAUUACUCCGCAUUGCUUC